CGGUAGGCCUAGGCCGCAAAUCGCAGUUUUAUUGUAAUGUUAUAGUUUCUGUGUGUGUAUUUAGAAUAUUGUACUAAAAUGGAAGAAGUAGAUAAUAUUAUUUUGCAGUUCCUAAAACAGUUGGACAUAAGCUUAUCUGAAGAUAUAAAGACCUUGUCUGACUUGCCGGUGGAAACGAUUAUCGAGUCGGCCUCAAAAUGCCUCACCACUAUCAACCCUAGUCUCAAGCUGCCACCGAGGCUGCCUUCAGGAAUAUCUCACAGGAUAGAAGUGGCAGCACAGAUUGCUUCUUCUUGCAAAGAUUUGGGCUACAAAAAUGAUGUGGGCUACCAGACAUUCCUCUACUACAAUGAAGCGGAGCUGCGUCAGGUAUUCAUGUUCCUCAUUGAGCAACUCCCCAGCGAGGGUGCCCAAGACGUCUCCGCGGAGCCCCCGAAGAACAACAGGUCCUUACUGUCACAAGCCAUCAGCAGGAAGAUUGCUGAGGACCUCAACUCCAUAUGGAUCCCGCCAUGCUGUGAUGCUACUAAAAUGAAGACUAUUGGAGACAGUGCUAGUGCAGAGUCACAGGACACUAAAGCACUAAGAACAAGGACACCUUACAUGACUGAAGCUGAAAUUAUGGAAGCUCUCUCAAAAGUGAAUCAUAACCGACCUUCACAAACCACCAGCCAGCCUAAUGAUGUGGAGAAUCUCAAUAAAGCUACCAAGGAACCAGAAGUCAAAAAGGACAUUAGCAAAAGUUUGAAAGAACUGAAAGAGACAGCCAUAGUUCUUAGGCAAAAGUUCAACUUGCUGGAAAGUGAGAAGAAUAUUAUGGACAAUGAGUUCCAACAGGCCAACAAGUCCCUUGAAAAGGCUCAAUCGGAGCUGAAGAAUGUCCACAAUAUACUAAGCAGCAUCGGUAUAGAUAAUCUAAGUGAAGAAGGGGCUGUGGACAACAUAUUGGACAAGGUCCAACACAACAUAGGACUGCUUCACGGGAAGAGUGAAAACCACACUUCCAAGAAUUUGGAACUCCGAGUAGAAAUCGAAAAGAUCAGGAAUAGUUCUUCAUCUGAGUCAGAGAGAAGUAGAUGCAGGAAUACACUCCUAUCGCUCAAGGACUCGGCUAAAUCUAUGAAAGAAGAAUACAACAAGAAGGAGAAACUAAGAGACCAGCUAAAGAAAAAAUAUGAAAAAUUGAAAGGAGGAAAUAAAAGAUCAAUAUACAUGAAGCGCAUCUUAGAGAUCAUCGGCAAUGUGGACAAGCAGAACAUGGAGAUAACGAAAGUUCUAGAAGACACGAGACAGCUGCAGAAGGAGAUCAACAGCUUGGAGGGACAGCUGGAACGGUGCUUCUCUAUCGCUGACGAAACUCUUUUCGGAGACGCCAAAAAAGACGACCAAGCCAAGAAAGCGUACAAGCUGUUAGCCCUACUCCACUCAGAGUGCAACACGAUCGUGUCACUAGUGAACGACACCGGUUCCCUAGCAAGAGAGAUCAUCGACCUCGAGGAUAACAUCAAAGCGGAGAAGACAAAGAGGACUGAAGACACACUGCAGAGGAUCCAGCAAGACAUCACUAGGAUGCAGGAAGAGAAUGUGCGGUAGACAAGAUCAUAGAAAUUACAACAACUUUAGAAAAGACGACAGAUGUGGAAAGUGAGUGAAUGAAUUCAUUGGGGUUAAAUAUAAGUUUACAUAGAUAGAUAGAUAGAAUACACUUUAUUUGUACACCAAAACAGAAUAAUAAAAUUAACAAAAUGUAACUUAAUUAGGGUACAAAAGGCGGUCUUAUCACUAAAAGCGAUCUCUGCCAGACAACCUUUGGAUGGAAGGAAACAGAGAUUAAGAUUGGGAGCAGUGUACAUGUUAAAAAAGGAAUGUAGUUUAGUAGAUAUUUAAUUGUUAUAGUGACUGAAGAUCUAUUUUAUUUAAGUAUUACUAUUACUCAAGACUAUGACUAGAUUCAUAAUAUAGCAUAGAGAAGUGGAAAUAUGAGAUUUAUGUAUGGCUUCUAUUUAUUUUUAAUUGUAUGUUAAAGUGUAUUUAUAACUAUGAUAAUUAUAUCAGUAAGUAUGUAUGUCUUGUAUGUUAAUAAAAUGCUUAUAAGAUCUACAUUUUUCUUAAUAA